GUAUAUACAGAUACAUACACAAACAGAAACACACGCACAGCUAUUAGGGUUUUGAGGGUUGUGGUUGAUCUGUGGAUCAAUGGCUGUGGAAGUGACGAGGAUGAGAGGGACGGUGGUGAUGUUCAGUAACCAGAAGGGUUAUGGAUUCAUCAAGCCGGAGGGCGAGGGCGAGGCUGAGGGCGAACAGCUCUUUGUGCAUCAGACGGCGAUCAAAUCCGAGGGUUACCGGACGCUGCACGAAGGCCAGGAGGUGGAGUUUGAUGUAAUCAAGAAGGGGGAUAGGUUUCAGGCCGUUGAUGUGACCGGACCUAAUGGCGCGCUGCUUGAGGAUAGCCGUGGCGGCGGCGGUGGCAGGGGGAAUAGCCGCUCCGGUUUCGGAUUCGGAAACGGUGGCGGCGAUGGUUAUAAUCGGAGGAACGGGAAUGGAUACAGAGGAGGAGGCGGCGGCGGAGGCGGGGAGUGUUAUAAUUGUGGACGGACUGGACAUUUAGCUAGGGAUUGCGACCGGAAUAGCGGCGGCGGCGGCGGUGGAGGUGGCGGCGGUUGCUACACGUGCGGUGGAUUCGGUCACAUGGCUAGGGAUUGUCCAAGUGGCGGUGGCAAUCGUGGAAGCGGUGGUGGAGGAAAUUGUUUCAAGUGCGGCGAACGAGGCCACAUGGCGAGGGACUGUCCCAGCGAGAAUGCCGGCGGCCGUGGAGGCGGCGACGGUUACGGGAGGUUUGGCGGUGGCGGUGCAAACAAGUGCUACCACUGUGGCGAACCAGGACACUUUGCUAGAGAGUGCUCCAACAAAGACUAAUUUUAUCUGGUCAUCUCUUUUCUAUCAUCUGAAUAUUUUGAACAUAAUAUUUUUUCCUGUUUGUUUCCCAACCCUUUUGGUUGGUUAUAAACACCCGUUAUUGGCUUUUCAGAAUCUUCUUUUUCAUAAGUGGCUUAUCAGAAAUAUUGCUGUCUGUUCUUGACUUCUUGCUUUGCUUCAUGUUCUGCUAUCUUGUCAAAGAAUGCUUUUCUUGUAGUAGAUUAAUAUACAACUGAAUGUGUUCUGUGUA